GACGAUCGGAGACACGAAUGUCAACAAACCAAUGUCACGGUGAACAGUUGCUCUCCCAAUUUCCCCUUUUUCGACUCCAAAGAUGACUCGGAACGUUCUCUUAUCGCUAUGGAUGAUAGUGGGCGUGGCGGCGGGAGGCGUGGUGGGCGAGGUGGGCGAGUUGUGAGGCCCGAGUCCUCUUUGGUGAGCGCCGCGGAAUGGUUCGCUUCCACUAAAGUAUUUACUAAUAGUGGGCAUUUUGGCUUUUUGAGGGAGGACGGAUCCUUUGUGAUCAACAAUGUUCCGUCGGGGUCCUAUGUCGUCCAGGUGAUGAAUCCCACCUUCAUCUAUGAGCCACUACGUGUUGACAUCAACUCCAAGGGGAAAAUAAGAGCUAGGGCUGUGAAUCACAUCCAGCCAUCGAAUGUUGUACAGAUGCCACAUCCUCUGCGAAUGAAGUCAUUGGGACCUUACCGCUACUUCCUUGAACGUGAGCAGCUGCGCAUAACAGACUUCCUCAUGAACCCCAUGGUAUUGAUGACUGUUCUCCCACUCGCCCUCAUGAUGAUUCUGCCAAGGCUCAAUGACCCUGAGACGCGCAAAGAAAUGGAACAGAUGCAAAUGCCCAAGAUGGACACUCCAGAGCUCUCAGAGAUUAUGACAUCUCUCUUUGGUGGUGGAAGCACAAGCCACAACCAGGGGGCACAGCAGAAGACCAGAUCGCGCCCAAAUAAACGGAAGGAGAAAUAGACCUAAUGAAUCACUAUUUUUAUCAGCAAAACAAAUUGUGUACCCCUGUGUGUAAAGAACUAUUUAUACAGACUGUCAUGUAAGGGAUAUGUAUCAUUUGUCUGUUGAAGUGUUGCCUUUUGAGAUUGUUUCAUUAGCAAAUGUUCUUUUAUAGGAAAGAAAAAGGAAUGUGUGUUAGGUAGUACAAGUGAUCAUUGUCAC